AUGUCGUACUGUUGCGCCAUGAGCCAGCAAUUGGAUAUCUUCCAGGUCGUUGGGGGUCCCGUGAAGUCGCUUGACCACGUCCAGGACUUCGUGGCGACGGUUUUUCGAGAGGAGCCAACAGGGGCUGCAGGGGACAAGAUCGCUGCCGGCCAGCAAGAUCAAGGGGAAGACGACCUGGAAAGCCAGCGGGAAUCGCCCGGCGAAUUAGGCAGCAGGAUCAGAAAAGACGAAAGCGAGAGCGCGGUAGAGCGAGAAAGGGAGAAUGCGAUAGCGAGAAUGCGAGAGGGAGAAUGCGGUAGAGUUCGUGAACGAGUGAGCGACGAAGCCGUGCAUUCGUGCGGCGAAGACGCAGAGCCGUUAACGAUUGGGGAUAGUAACUGCGAAAAGACGACCGAGUCCAGAUAA